CUCAGAUCAAUGCCCUGGCCACUCACUCACUUUCUGAUGUUGCGCGACGGGAAAUGCUUUGAAUACUUACGACAUGGCCGCUCGCAUUGAUCGCCAAGGUUGACAGCGGUGCCCAUCGCCUUUCUCUCGCGGCUCCUACACGCGUAGAGGGAGUGAGAGAGAAAGGAAGACAAAAACAUUGGCGACUAGUUCACGGCAGUUUUUUUGUUCUGACAGACAGGGGGGCAACUUUCCGAAGCCGGAGCGGAGCCAGCGGGAUCGCUAAGACUUUAGUUUCUCAUCUCCAGAUUCGCGGCGAGCGUCGUUUUUCUGACGCCGACACGGGAUACGGCGAGGACGAGCGUCGCUAAACGGGCUCACGCCACAGGUCUGCGCGCGUGGAUUUAGGGAGGAGCCUGUGUGGUCCGCGCGGCAGCCUCGUGCCUCCCUGCCUGGAUCCGACUGGGAACCGCCGCCUCGCCGCCGCUUAUGCUGCCAGUCAUUUUCAUGAGUUCAAAAUCAACUUACCAGUGAUCGCUGGGAGCUGGGGAUAAAGUCGUUCUGUUUACCAGAAUCAUGUCUUCCAAGCAAGCCACCUCUCCGUUCGCCGCAGGCCCGGACGGCGGCGAGGACGGAGCGAGUCAGGAGCAUCUGGCCUGGGAGAAGGAGGAGAGUGCAGAGGCACUAGCCGCACCCCAACUGCCUCUGCACAACCUGCUGCACGGCAAGCCGCACCCUGAGGAGCUGCCGCCCGUUAGCAGCAGUGUGCCCCAAGAAUCAGACUGGGACAGCCUGCAGCGCAUGGAGUCGGACAGCAAUAAAGUAUGUUCCCUGUACUCCUUCCGGAAUAACUCUACCUCUCCGCACAAGCCAGAGGAGGGGGCGAGGGAGCGGGGCGACCUGCUGGGCAGCUCUGCCUUUGGAACACCAGAGCGCCGGAAAGGCAGCCUGGCCGACGUGGUGGACACACUGAAACAGAAGAAACUGGAGGAGAUGACAAAGACAGAGCAAGACGAAUCCUCCUGCAUGGAAAAACUCCUUUCUAAAGACUGGAAAGAGAAGAUGGAGAGACUGAACACAAGUGAGCUUUUGGGAGAAAUAAAAGGUACUCCAGAGAGUCUGGCUGAGAAGGAGAGGCAGCUUUCCACCAUGAUCACCCAACUGAUCAGCCUGAGGGAGCAGCUGCUGGCUGCCCAUGACGAGCAGAAGAAACUGGCAGCCUCGCAGAUGGAGAAACAGCGGCAGCAAAUGGAGCUGGCUCGGCAGCAGCAAGAACAAAUCGCCAGGCAGCAGCAGCAACUACUUCAGCAGCAGCACAAAAUCAAUCUUCUUCAACAACAGAUUCAGCAGGUCCAGGGUCACAUGCCUCCGCUCAUGAUCCCCAUUUUUCCACACGACCAGCGUACUCUGGCUGCUGCCGCUGCUGCCCAGCAGGGCUUCCUCUUCCCUCCAGGCAUGUCCUACAAACCAGGUGAUAACUACCCGGUGCAGUUCAUUCCUUCCACAAUGGCAGCUGCUGCGGCGUCAGGACUCAACCCUCUUCAGCUCCAGCAACUGUACGCUGCCCAGCUGGCCAGCAUGCAGCUCUCACCAGGAGCCAAGAUGCCGCCGCUGCCACAGCCCCCCAACUCAGCCGGGCCCCUCUCACCAGGCCCCAAGAGUGAGAAGAGAUCCUCCAGCCCCCUUACCCAAGUCAAGGAGGAGGGAACUCAGCCCCUUAACCUCUCUGCCCGGCCCAAGACAGCUGAGCCGGUCAAAUCCCCCACGUCCCCCACACACAGCUUGUUCCCUGGCAGCAAGAGCAGCCCCAACAGCCUGCCCAGGAGUGGCAGCAUCCCCAGCCCCCUCGGAAGUCUGGGCCGUGGCUCAUCCCUAGACAUCCUAUCCAACCUGAACUCCACGGCGCUGUUUGGAGAUCAGGACGCAGUGAUGAAGGCCAUACAGGAGGCGAGGAAGAUGAAGGAACAGAUCCAGCGGGAGCAGCUGCAGCACCACCAACAGGGCAUGGAGGCCAAGCUCUCAGCCCUGUCCGGCCUGGGUCUCAACACCUGCAGGACUGACAAGGAGAGAGCUCAUUUCGAAAGUUUGGGUCAUCAUCUGGGCAAGCUUGGAGAAGAUGGCAAGAUUGGGCAGAGAGUCAUUGACCUAACCAGGCCAGAGGAUCUUGACGGGAAUAAGGAACUCAAUGGCUCUGCAGAUAAACCACAUCCAUAUUACUGUUGGCCAACAGGAGGCGCCAGCACCACCGAGGCCCGGGUCUUCAGGGAAUCCCGUGGAAGGAACCCCAAUGAGCCUCACAUCAAACGGCCCAUGAACGCCUUCAUGGUGUGGGCCAAAGAUGAGCGUCGCAAAAUCCUGCAGGCCUUCCCAGACAUGCACAACUCCAACAUCAGCAAAAUUCUGGGCUCUCGUUGGAAGUCCAUGUCAAACCAGGAGAAGCAGCCCUACUAUGAGGAGCAGGCUCGCCUGAGCAAGAUCCACCUGGAGAAGUACCCCAACUACAAGUACAAGCCGCGGCCCAAGCGCACCUGUAUCAUCGACGGGAAGAAGCUGCGCAUAGGCGAGUACAAGCAGAUGAUGCGCUCGCGGAGGCAGGAAAUGCGGCAGUUCUUUACCAUGGGGCAGCAGCCACAGACUCAGCUCCCCAUCACCACCAGCGCAGGUGUGGUCUACCCUGGCGCCAUAACCAUGGCAACCACCACACCCUCGCCCCAUAUGACCUCGGACUGCUCCAGCAACUCGGCCAGCCCCGAGCCCGCCAUCCCUGUCAUCCAGAGCACCUUUAGCAUGAAGAUGGAGCCAGGCACCAUGGUGGCCAACGACCCGGUCAACGGAGAGGACGAGAUGGACAUGUACGAGGACUUUGAGGACGAGCCCAAAUCGGACUACAGCAGUGAGAAUGAGACACAGGAGCCUGUUAAUGCCAAUUGAGGCUUCUUCUCCCAGCAGAAAACAUCCUUUUACUGGAGCAAGGGAGUAACUGAAGGAGAAUAAUAAUAAUAAUAAUAAUAAUAAUAAUUAUUAAAAAAAAACUACAGAACAAAUUAAGGAGUGAGAGAGAGGAAAAAAAACUUGUUUCUGAUAAUAUAUCCUUUAGGAGCCUGCAUGCACAUGUGGCUCCCACAGAUUCAACAGCUAUUUGGUCUUAAGUGUUUCUUCAAGUGUGAAGCAGUUUGAUUGUGUUUUAUUUUGGCUUUUUUUAUUCUUAUCUUAUUUUAACUUGUGUUUUAAUUAUGGACAUUUAAACAAAUUAGGAUUACUGCCUGUAAAAAAAAAAAAAUGUUAGGGAGGACAGGACUUGAAAAUUGAAACCUUUGAUAUGAAAUUAUAGCUCUCACAGUCUUACGUUUUUCCAUUUUUCUUAUGGAUUUUUUUUGUUUAUUUGUUUUUUGAUGGGGUUCUAUAUUUCUCUCAGGUAUGCUGUGCCAGCCAACAGCUUGUGAAUGUUUUUUUCAUUUGAACUAUUUGAAACCAGAACGACAGCAAAACUUAAUUUCAAAUUUGGUGAUACAAAUCAAAUCAAGUCCUUACACAAACUCCCAUUUAUAUCGUUUUUAGUAUUAUUAUUAUUAUUUGCUUUUUUUAAAAAAAAGAACAGUCAUGCCAAACAUUUCAUAAGCUUCCCUCUAGUGUAAUCUUAAAUUUUAAAGUCUUAAGGAGGAGACUGCAUGAGUCUUAGACAAUCCUUUGCAAUCUUAUCAAACUCAAAAACCCAAUCGCUUCUUUCCCUCUUCAUUGACUACCAUAGCGAAGUUCUCAGGAAUUUAGAGGCAGCGUCAGAUGCUGGACUUUAAUGAGAAGGUCUUUAAGACCUCGCUCAUGAGUUCCACCGUUGAUCUCGGAGGCCCAACGCAGUGAUCACCCAGCCUCCUUCAUCCCUCUGCCCUCUGGUUCAGUCUUACCCACUAAGUUCUUAAUCAGAGUGAUUGUAAUCUGGCCAGCAUGCCAAGGGGCCAAAGGCAUCCAAUCUGGGAAAUUGGAAAGGCAGCAAAAGGCAGCUUUGGUGGCAUUACAAUCACAAAUUGCUGUUGUACAAUAUGUACAGGCGCAUUCUGUUUGAAUCCUUAGGCUCUUUUUUUCCCCAGGGCUGAACGUUUAAAGUCCUUAAAGGCCUUUUCUGAGGCUAAAGUCUUUUGGACAUUGUAAACCUUAAUCGACAAGAAAGUCUUAAAGCAGAGCGUGCUUCGUGCAAUGUGUUCAUAAAUAAGUCUUAAGGAAAAAAUGCCAGUUUGUCUGGAUGAUUCAGGCCAGUUUUGUUGAGGGCAGGCUAAGGAGACUAAGGAGAUAAAAUGAAUUUUAUAUGCACCAUCUAAGCACAGUUUUUUAAAAAUAUAAGCAUAUCGCUGCUGUCGGAAGAAAACCUUGUAUCUCCAUUUUUGUCAUUU